AGCGGAGGGGGGCGGGCGGCGCCUACAGUCGCCCAUGCCCCCUUUUGCCCUCCGCCCGCUGCGGGGAAGCGUGAACUUGAACGCUGCCUUCACUGCUCAGUACAAGUCCAGGCAGAGGAUAGCCAGUCUUAUCAGUCUGUCCCCGCCGCCCGGGUUUCGGUCAAGUUAUCGGAGAAGGAGCAGCUUGGACAGAUUUUGGUUUUGGAGGGGUUGUGUUGCUGUUUGGGACCCAGAAAGGUGCCAAACGCUCGACGCAAUGUCUAGGCGCAAACUUGGAAGCAGACCGCAGCACCUGAGUGCAAUUCAAGAUGUCACUGACAUGGUGGAUGGAACCACUUCAUCAGGAGACCAGCCUCCUCCUCCCCCUCCUCCUCUUCCUCAGGUCCGAGCUCCUGACGAGGGUCGUGACCUACUGACCUGCGGCCAGUGCAGCCGGGCCUUCCCCCUCGCCCACAUCCUGGCGUUCAUCCAGCACAAACAGGGCGGCUGCCGCUCCCGAAGCCAAGCCCCAAACGCCAACGCCACACCCCCCUCACCUGCCAACCGAGCACAGCAGCGUGUCACCAACGCCGAGCUGGGGCCGGGCUUUAUCGAGCUGAGGAGGGGGGAGGCUAGGGACAGAGCCUGGGGGGAGGAGCCCGCCGUGAAGGCGGAGCACCACAAAGCAGUUUUGGGGGAGCCCUCCUAUUUCACCUGCCAGCAGUGUGAAGGUGUGUUUUCAUCUGCAUGGGCGCUCUUACAGCACGCUCAGCACACACACUCCUUCAGUAUCUACCAAGAGGACGAAGAGGAUGACACAGACACGAGAGGAGGAGGAGGAGGAGGAGGAGGGCUUAAAGAGCACAAGCCUGCUGCAGCCACUCUGGACCCUCGCCACCUGAGCCAAGCUCUUGCCUCUGCCUUCCAGCCCUCCAGCCUGCGCCUCAGUCGCACCCGUCAGACACACACCACCUCCUCCUUCAGUAACGUGCAGGCUCUGAACUUUUCAGUGCGGCUCAGGGACCUUGCCAAGGGAAAUAAUAAUAACACCACCGGCAGCUCACCCGUAGGCUUGAUGCUGUCUCCGUCCUCUUCUCCACCAGCAGCUUCUCCCUUUCCUCAGACUAGCGCCCUCCAGGCUGACUACCACUGCGAGCCGUGUGGCCAGAACUUCCACUCCCUGCGCGCCCUGUCCGCCCACCGCCAGACUCACGCCUGCGAAAGGCCCUACCACUGCGGAGUGUGCGGGCAGGCUUUCGCCCAGAGUGGCCAGCUGGCUCGUCACAUAAGGAGCCAUCACAGGGAGGCUGGAAGUGGAGGAAGUGGAUAUGAGUCAGUGGAGAUGGUUGUGAUAGAGGAAGAUGUAGGGAGGCAGGGGAUGAGAGGGAGGUUUCAAUUGCAGCCAGCUGGAAUCAUGGGAAAGGGAGACGUGAGAGCCCAGGGCCCCUCCGAGCUAGACAUGACCCUGCCCAAAUACCCCUCCAUAGCUUCAGGCCUGAUGCUGAUGACCUCGCAGGUUAGACCGGCAGACAGGGAGCUGCUGAGGCUGUACCAGCGCCAGAGAGAGGGGGGGGAAGGAGGGGAUGAGGAGGCAGAGGGGCAGGGGGAGCCUCAGCACACCUCACCAUGCGCCAGCCCUUCUGAAGGCUCACUGGAGAGCGGAGAGACAGGGGGCAGCGGUGAGAGCGGCAUCGCAAGUGGCAACUGCACGCCCAAACGGCCAGAGAUGGGGGACAGAGUGCGAGGAGUUGGAGAGUGGGAGAAUGAAAGAGGAGAGAUUAUGGAGAGGGAGACAGAGUGGAGCGAGGUUGUGCAGGAGUGGCAGAGGGAGAAUGAGCGGAGGAGUGUAGGAGGAGGUCUCAGCAGUGGAGGAAACAACAACAUCAACACUACUGCCGUUUCAGCUGGUAAGAAGAAGAAAGAUGAAGCCUGUGAGUACUGUGGUAAGCAGUUCAGGAACAGCAGCAAUCUGACUGUGCACCGCCGCAGCCACACAGGUGAGCGGCCUUACCGCUGCGGCCUCUGCAACUAUGCCUGCGCUCAGAGUUCAAAGUUAACACGCCACAUGAAGACCCACGGCGCCCAGGGAGCUAAAGCUUCCUUUUUGUGUCAGCUGUGUGCGGUGCCCUUCACUGUCUACGCCACUCUGGAGAAACACCUGAAGAAAGUUCACGGCCUGAGCCACGCCAGCGUGGGAGCGUAUGCACAGGCGAGCGCCGCAGACACUUUGGCUGCCAUAAAAGCUGAAGAAGAAGCAGUGGUGGUGAAAAUGGAGGAGGAUGAAGCCAGUUUGGAUCAGAUAGAAAUGGAGAGCCAAUUGCAGAGCGAUGUGAUGAAAAGCAUGGAGAUGGAGGAGGUGCAAAGCCAAGCAGAGGGUGUGGAGAAAAGUGGGAAUCCAGCCAUAGUGGGGGACGUCCCACCUGAGACCAAUGCAGAGGUGAGCUUAGCUUUGACUUCUGCGCCAUGAGAGUUGUUCUCAUUCGCUAAAUGACAUUAAAAUAGCACUGUAUAGGAUUUGACUCGCCCCUUCAAAUCAAAAGAAGUCGCCCCAUCAUUGAACUGACAAGUUAAGUUAAACUGGAAUCUAGUUUAAAGAAGAAGCAGCAGGCAGUCCCGUCCUCUCUGCCCGCACUGAGGCACCCGGCAGCCAUCAGCCACGUUGUUCAUGAUUGUAUGCAAAGCUGCUGGUUGAAACUAAGUGCCUACAGUUCUUCAGACCACAGAGCAAAAACAAGGCCAUGACAUUCAACAGGGAGAUUACCAGAGCUCUUGAACAGGAAGUGAACCGCCACAGUCCACACCGACACAGGAAACUGAUCACCAUGUUGCAGUACAGGAUGCAAAAGACAAGUGAUUUAUCUCUCUGGUGACCCACUGGACAGGUGGAGACAGAUAUUAACUGUCAGAUAAUAUAGAGAGGGGAUUAUAUUAAAUUUAAAAAGCCUAGCAAUAGAACGAUAAUAUAUUUUCAGCAUCAGCAGAUGGAGAGGGGUCAUUGUGCUACCUAACCGUUGGUGGUUUUCUUUUUGAGAAGACCUUUUAAAGACUAAAGAUGUUUGAACAGACGCAGAGGGUGAAAAUAAUCCAAACACUGUCUGCCUGCAGUUUCUCAGACUCCUCUUUUUAAAAGCGCUUGGUUGUCACAACACUUGUCACUUAACAUAAUGUUUACAGGGCUCACGGGGCCUGGCAAGGUUGUGCUCCUGACUUUGUGACAGUAUGUAUGGAUGAUUUUCUGUUGUUUGUUUUUUUUUUUCUAAUUUUAUAAAUGUGAAUAAGGAGACUUUAAAGUCAUUUUUUUGAUGAUUAGUUUCUAUGCAUAAAAAAAACAGCAAUUUUACCUACAUGUGAAACGGGUGUAUAUUAUUUUUCUCUAUUUGUACCUAUUAUUGUGAUGGUAAUUUCUCUCUUUCAUUGUUUACAUGUGUAAAGUGCCGGACUGCUUAAAGCUUGUGCAUGUUUUGCAGCCAUAUGAAACUGGUUUUGGUUUUUUUUUAUGUAUGUGUUGCCCGUGUUUGAAUUAUUCCUAAUUUAUGGAUGCUGCAUGUUGGUGGUUGUGUAACUGAAAGUGUCUUCCACUGCUGAACUACAGGGUUGAGAAGUGCAGGAGUAGGUGGUUGAUUGGUGGAGUUUUGUUUGUGGGAAGCUGCCAAGAGCGCACUUAGGUCAGUGAGUUUGUGAGUUGUGUGAAUGUUUGUGUGUACACAUGAGGAAAACAUCCUCAGGUGACACUUGUACUUGAUCCCUCUGUCCUGUGAUCUUGUGUCCAUGGCAUGACUGAUCGCCGGGAUGUGCUUCUGACAGGUCAUCACAUGUCAAGUUCAGAAGCACAAGUUAAGCAUGAGAAAAUCUGUUCAUUAACACACAUUUAACAGGACAAAGUUAAGUCAAGUAGAGGGCUUCCAACUUUUUCGUGAGUACUGUGAUGACUUUGUUUUGCCAUAUAAUUUAUGCUUGCAUUCAUGUCAGGGAAAACAAUAACGUUUGUGUGUUGUGUAAUGAAUGAUUCUGAAUGAGUGCAGUGUAACAGCAGGGAUGAUAUUUUGUACAAAGAUUGAUGUUCUUGCUGUUGCUAUGCUUAUUAUUGUUAUUAAUAUUAACUGCCUCCACUUAGCAUCAUCUACUUUACGCUGUACACUGGCUAUUGUGAAGCUAUACCGCUCUGCUGUCUAUGUAAACUUCACACCAUUUUGUAAUUGAGAAGCCUCAAUAAAGAAUUGAGGUGAAA